UAAGGUGUAAGACAGUUGCACUAAAAAUAAGUCGACAUUCGCCCUUGAAAGCGUAAUGUACAGAAAAUCUCUUAAACUUUAAGUGACAGUAGUGACCAAGCGAACAGAAUGCGCGUUGCAGAAAUGUGUCGGAAUAAAACGACAAUUGCGCUUGUUGUUGUAAUUGUAGUCCUCUGUUGGGUUCUAUUGUUUAAAUCAUUCCGAAGACCAGAGGAGAGGAUGUUUUUCGUGAACGACAACUUUCAGAUUGAAAAAGACGAUGUUACGAAAAAGAACGACAACUUUCAGAUUGAAAAAGACGAUGUUACGAAUAUGCUGAUUGCGCAAAGAAAUAACGUAUCCCGGGCUUUAAAUCUCAAGCAGCAAAAACUUGGUCAACUGGAAUGCGAGAAACUUCAAGGAAAACCAGGUGCAACGAGCGAAACAGGGGGAUGGUGCAAGCAGACUAGCAAAGAAGACAGUGGUGAACAUAAGACCGACAAGAAACUGGUGCCGGUUUUAAUAGACUUUUUCCAAGGAAAGUAUGUAGCCAGUUUCGGUGAUGGCCCAGGUCGCUACAAGCAACUUCUCAGCGAUUCUGGUAAGCUCAUUGGCUACGACGCGUAUGACGGCGCCCCUUACUGUGACAUCACCAGCGAAGGUCGCGUAAGAUUUCUCGACCUAACGCUGCCGCAAUACGGGCUUCCGUUGUAUGACUGGGUCAUGAGUCUGGAGGUAGCCGAGCACAUUCCUGCAGAAUUCCAAUCAGUCUACGUAGACAACAUUAUCCGCCAUGCAAAAGAAGGUAUUCUCCUAAGCUGGGCAAGGCCGGGUCAAGGCGGAUACCAGCACAUAAACGAACGACCUUUUGAAUAUGUUGUUAACCUAUUGGACACUCUGGGCUUCUCGCAUGAUAAGGAUACUUCGGAGAGACUGAGAAAUGCCGCCGAGUUUUCUUGGUUAAGAAACAAUGUCAACGUGUAUAGACGCAAAGCGCCAUAUUCCGAUACAUUCUCAAAGUCUCCGGAGGUAUACAUAUGAACACAUCACCACAAUUUGCUUACUAAGCUUGUCUGGAUUUCAUGACAUUCGUCAUUCAAUCUGGAAUUACACAAAAUAUUGUUAAUUGCGUGUCCCAUACAAUUGAAAUAUAAAGAACAUAUCGCAAACUCGAAAAAGUUCAAAUCUGAUUCCAAGAUUCACACAAAAAGUUUGAAAUCACACGUGGUCAUCAGUAAAUGUAUUGUUACAUCAUGGAAAAUGACAAUCGAAAUGAAACCCACCGAUUGUGAGUCUUUCAGUUUCGCUGAUAUGAAUCGAUAUUAUAUUGAGCAAAAAUU